AUGUCAACGAAUAUUUCGUUUCACGUACCUUUGUCUAAGGACGAAAAUUCUUUUUAUAAGGCGAAAUUCAACGAAUUAGAUCCAGAACAACUAGGAAUUGUUACAGGUGAAGCAGUUAGACCCUUAUUUGCCAAAUCUGGCCUUCCAAAUCAAGCUUUAUCACAAAUAUGGAGUCUAGGUGAUGUUGACAACAAUGGUUUUUUGAAUUUCACCCAAUUUGCAGCAUGCUGUAGACUAAUUGGUCAUUUUCAAAGCAACCCAAGUUCUAUUAUUUCCCCUAAUUUAUAUUCUACACCCUCACCUCGUUUGCCGAACUUCAAUGGCGGUAAUAAAUCACAACAACAACAGCAAUCACUUCCUUCUAAUACCACCCCAAUAAAUGUCCAAACUAGCGGCACGAAUAUUCCUCUUCCAUCGUCACAUGAUAUUUCUAAAUUUUCUCAGUUAUACGAUAGAUCUUGUAAUGGUGCUAUUGAGAUGGGUGGUGAUAAAGCUAGAGAAAUUUUUUUAAAAGCCAAUUUACCGACUCAAGUUUUGGGUCAUAUUUGGGAAUUAUCUGAUCUGAACAAUUCUGGUAGGUUAAAUAAAGCUGAAUUUGUUAUGGCAAUGUAUUUGAUCCAAUUAACUGUCUCUAGGAAUCCAGCUGUUUCUCCAAAUUUGCCCAGUGUUUUGCCCAAUAAUUUAUGGGAACAUGUUAAUAAGCAAGUAUUUUCCGUUACAAAUAACACACCUCAACCACCUUUAUCCCGUAGAUUGAGUGUUAACUCAACUGGUUCAUCCUUCAACAACAAUAACAACAAUAACAACAGUACCAUGUCUCCUGUUUCCACAGGUAGUGGUGCUGCUGUUCCAGGCGGUCUAGCUAGAAAUUCAUCCAUGAUUAGACGUUCAUUUAACAAUGCUUCUUCUGAUUGGAUUAUAACCAGUGAAAAAAAACAACAAUUUGAUUCCAUUUUUGAUUCUUUAGACAAAGAAAAAACUGGCUUAUUAGGUGCUUCUGUACUGGUUCCAUUUUUUUUAACUUCUUCCUUAAGUCAAGAUACUUUGGCUACAAUUUGGGAUUUGGCGGAUAUUCACAAUAAUGCUGAAUUUUCCAAGCUGGAAUUUGCUAUUGCUAUGUUUUUGAUUCAAAAGAAAAAUAGCGGUGUUGAGUUACCAGAUGUAGUUCCUGACCAAUUGUUAUACUCUCCAGCUUUAGGGCUACACAAUGCGAUCAAUAACGACAAUACUACUACUGCUACUACAGCAGCAACAACAACUACUAGUCCACAGCAAACAAACAACAGCUCUUUAAAUGAUUUAUUGGCCUUGGAUUCCUCUUUCUCUCAGCAAAAGUCAGUACAACCAUCUCAGCAAAAUUAUCCUUUAACUUCCUCCAGCACCGGUGGUGCCCCAACAACCACAAAUACGGCCACAGCUCCAUUAACCAGUACUGCGACUGGAUAUCGGAAAUUUAAACCACAAUCUACUUUUGGUCAAAACAUUAUUAGAGAAGAAGAAGAAGAGGAGCAACAACAACAACAAAACCAUGCAACUUCUGGAUUGAGUUCUACCGUUAAUGUUCCUUCUUCAACUGCUAUCCCUCCUAAUACUAGUUCGGCAUAUCGAUCGAAACUACCAAAUAUUCCUAAUUUUGCCUCAUUGUCCUUGCCAAAUCAAACGGUUUCUAAAGCAGCAAACCACGAUUUAUUGGCUCAAAACACAAAUACUUCGCUAAAAUUGAGUCAAGCUACUACUGACCUAGCCAAUUUAUCUAACCAAGUUGGUAGCCUAUCACAUCAAAGCACUCAACUAAAGGAAAGAAAAUCUAAUGCGGAACAGGAAUUGACAAAAUUGAACGCUACCAAGACUACUAUUGAGUCCAAAUUGGCCUCCUUACGUGCCACUUAUGCACAAGAAACUAAACAAACAGAGCAGGUUGAAAAUAUGCUAGUUCAAUCCAAAAAAGAGAUUGAGACAUUGAAUCAGCAAUUAAAAGUCGCUGAGACCAAUUACCAUGCCGUGGAAGUUAAAUUAGGUGAAGUACAACAGCAAUUACAGGAUAUUGAAAAUUUUAAUUCCCAAAUCAAGGAGAAAAUUGGUAAUUUCAAUUCUAUGAGCCAAUCCUUACAACAAGAAUUAAACGCCAAACAACAGGAACUACAACAGAAACAAAGUAUGGUAGGCGUCAAUGAGAAGCAAUUGGAGAUUAGUCAAUUGAAUGUUGCUAAUUUGCAAAAAGAAACCAAAGAAUUGGAGGAUCAUUUUCAAACUUUUGUUACCAAACAUAAUGAGCUAAAUGAAUAUUCAGCCAAAAUUGAGAAGCAGCACGCUAAUUUAGAGACCAGACAUCAAGAGUUUGUCACCAAGUCACAAAAUGUAGAAAAGGAAGAAAUAGAAUUGAAACAGCGUGAAACAGAUUUAAAAUCGAGAACUGCACAAAUUGAAGAACAAGAGAAAAUUUAUUUUGAUCAAAUUUCCAAGUUACAGGACAUGUUCAACCACUUAAACCAACAAAAACAAUUAUUUGAACAAGCCGACCACGAAUUGCAACAAAAUCAAAUUAAGUAUGCUCAUAAAGUGCACGAAUUGUCCGAAAAGCAAAUGAAGUUAGCUAUGGGUGAAAUCCCAAGCUCUCCUUCUAUUGGAAGCCAUGCAAUUAAUGAUGCCACCACCACUGCUUCUGCUGCUGCUGCUGCUAUGACUGCUAUGGCUGGUAAUGCUGCUUCUGCAGUGAGUUCUAGUAAUGAUACUACUAAUACCGUCACAGCUGCUACUGACCCUGUUUUUCAGAAUAAUGUGGAGCAUUUAUCCAAAUCUGUUUCUUCUAAUGGGUUACAAUCUGUUAUCCCUCCACAUUCAAACCCAAUUAUUGAUGAUGAUAAUAGAUCAGAAACCAAAUCCGACAUGGUUGACAAAUUUGUUAGCGAAUCUGUUUCUCAAUCAUCUUUACCAAAGACUGAAACUACCACUACUGGUCAGGUAAAAUUUGAAGAUUCAGCUAAGGAUGCUACUGUUGGUUCUUCUGCUACAAUUUCAGCCGCACGUACCCAUGAAACAAGUAAUUAUGGUAGUAACAGUGGCUCUGACACAAUUUUUGAUAAAACUGCGUUAUCCAAUACUGCUUCAACGACUGUUGAACCAGGAGCCACUGCUUCUGCUGUUUCUGGUGUCGUUUUACCGGAUGAAGGUACUUUAGAAGAUGUACCAAAACAUUUGUCGACUACCUCAUCCACUUUUAACAAUCCACCACAAUCCGAAACUCUGGAUGAUCAUAAGAAUAUUAAUGAGGAGCAGGAAUUGGCAACGGAAGUUCCAGGUUCCUGGGACCCACAACAGCAACCAAAAACGUUAGGGGUUCACAAAGAAGAAGAUGAAAUGGAAGAAAACGGUGGAAUAACUUCUGAUAGCUCAAAUUCCAUUCAAAAAACACCAGAACCUGAAGGUGACACCUUUUUGUCCAAUAAUGCGUAUAAUAGCAGACCUCGUGGUAAGAUAGAUGAAGAAUUUCCACCUAUUCAAGAAUUGAAUAUUGAUGAUGAUGAAGACUCGACUUCUUCAGCUGAUGCUUAUAAUGGUAGUGAUGAUCAUUUCCAAGAUACUGUUGAUUAUACUGCUUCUCCUUAUCCACAAAAUACAGCACAACACUAUAGUGCUGUUAAUAUUAAGAGUGGUAAUACAACACCGGCUAUUCCUACUAAUGUUCCACUUUCUUCUGGCCCUAAAACCAUCAACACCAACCUGCAUGAUGAUUUUGCUGACUUACAACAAGCAGCUAUAGAGGACGCAGAUGAUGAGGAGGAUAUGCAUGACCAUGCUUUUGAAACUCAUGAUGGGUUUUCUAAUUAUGUAGUUCAAAGUACUGCGGCUCCUUUUGAUAAUUUUAGUUCGCCAGUUGUUCCACCACAUCCCCAUAUUGAGUCGGCACAACAACCGGUUAUUAGUAGUACUAGUAGUGUUUCAUUUCAGCAACAGCAACGGAAACAACAACAGCAACAACAACAACAGCAACAACAACAACAGCAACAACAACAACAGCAACAACAACAACAGCAACAGCAACAGCAACAGCAACAGCAACAGCAACAGCAACAGCAACAAGAAAAAGUUAAAGAUAACCAAGAAUGGGAUCAAUUAUUUUCUGGAUUUGGUAAUAGCCAUCAACAAGAACAACAAUUCCAUGAUGCUUCAAAUAUCCAAACACCAUUACCAACACACACACCGUUACCUGUUCACCAACAGCAACAAAGUCCAAGAGUUCUAGAUCGUCCAAAUAUUGCUACUACACCAAAAUCAUUGGCAAUUGAAGAAUUAUGUAGUAUGGGAUUUUCCCAGGAAGAGGCUAAAGGUGCUUUGGAAAAAUGUAAUUGGGAUUUAGAAAAUGCUACCAAUCUUUUAUUAGAUAAUGCAUAG